CCAACCGGUCAAGCCAGUUCUCUCGUUCUCUCUCGUCUCGCGUUCUCGUUCUCGGUCUCGGCCUCGCGCGUUCUUUUUCUUACUCCUUUGCCUUUCUCAGUUCUCUCUCUCUCUCACACUAACUUCAAAGUUCGGGUUACUUUACUUACUUAGUUAGUGUUCUGAUAUUUUUUGCUUUGUGUAUUGUGAUUUUGGAUUUUGUGGUUAGUGAUCGGAUAUAUCAUAUCCUUCAACAGAUGGUUGUACACGUUGGCCGCUGGACACUGGACAGUCACAGCCGGCCGAGAACCAACUUUACUGAGAUUUCACAUCCGUGACACUGCCCGCGCCCACCGAGUAUGUCUUUGUCGUAUUGGCCGAAAGGGGUACAGAAGAAGCGACCCCCUCGGCUGGUCUGGGAAGAUGAUACUGACAUGCCACCUCCCCAGUCUCCGUCUAACAACAGCUGUGCAAGCAGUGCAGUUUCGGUGAUAUCCGAGCGCACCAAAGCUGUCCGGGCUCAGUAUUUCUUUGAGCGACGUCUACUGUUUGUCUGCACAUGUCUGGUGGGUGUCGCCAUCGUUGUGUGGAUCGCUUCCAUCUCCACCGACUUCUGGUUCGUGGUGGACGGAGGCGAGAAAGGCCUCUGGAUAAAUGAGACGAAACGCUUCUUCGUGCGAAGUCACUCUGGCCUUUUUAAAUAUUGCAGGAUGGCGAUUGGUAAUGCCACUGCAGGUGGUAAGACGACACCCAAACCUCCGACUGCGCCAACAGUAGACCCCUCGGUGGAGGAGACAGCCACUCCACUGGGGAACGGGACAGAGACCAGUCCAAGGAUGCUGUUCUAUCGUAAAUGCAAGUGGCACGAUGUUUUUCCUAGCGAUACCAAAGUGAAAGGAGAUCCCAUGCUAGAUAUGGCUAUCCUUAACUACACCCGUACCGAGAUUAUGUUCUCCAUAAUCAGCUUGUUGGUGAUGACGAUGGGUUUGUUUUUCUCCAUCUACACAUUCAACAAUCCUCGGUACACAUUUAAAAGACUGGCUGGCGGCAUACACUUCAUCUCUUGUUUGUCGAUAUUCGUAGUGAUAGAGAUCCUAAUGCAGUCCAUCACGUAUGAGAAGGAGUUCCUCCCAGUGGUACAUCCACCCAAGGCCACCUACCACUACGGCUGGAGCUACCAUCUCGCGUGGUUUGUCUUCCUUCUUAAUCUAUUUGCUGGUUGUGCCUUUAUGUGGUACAGUAAAAAACGCAAAAGGGACAAAGCCCCGAACGAGGAGGUUGCAAUGGCAGACGAACCUACAAUCAUCGGACGGUGACAACGUCUUUACUAAUCCCCGCCGAAGCGUCUUUCAUCCUUGGAAUCCGCCCGAAUUGUAUUGGUUGCUGCCAAAUUUGUGUUGUGUCCAUCCAUUUUUCAAGUAUUAAGACUCCUCUUUAAGCUACAACUUGUUAAUAAAAGUAUAAUAUAUGAUAUUGUUAUUCUUAGAAAUGUUAACUUUGAGACUUGAUUCUGAUUCUAUUACUAGUAGGAAAAUUAAAAGGGAAUUCUCAGGAAUAUUUAUCAAGAAAGUAUUUCAUGGGAAUAUUUGGAUAUUUUUAUAAAAUUCAAACAAAAUUGUAAAUAUAAGGAUUUCUUGCUGCAAUAUAUCAUUAGUACCCACCUUUUAUACUAGCUGUAUAGUGUUAUCUGUUAGGUGAAAAUUUGAGGAAUUGAUUAGGCCUACAACUUGAUUUUAUUGAUUUGUUAUACGUUGAUAAGUUGUUCCGUAUUAUAUAGAGAAAAUAUCAAAUGAUUUUGGGUUAAGCUGUUGAAAUUCGUUUUGGUGAAAAAGACAAGUACAAGACUUUUAUAUAUAAGCAAUAGUAAAUUGAAAAUAAUUGUUCAGUUGUGGUUUUAUGCUAGAGAUCAAAAUAUUUUUAGAAUCAGUUAGGUCAAACUUAGUAGGGAGGAGAGUUAGUACAAUAAUUAUACAAAUUAUUCGUAACUAUUGCCUUCAAAUUAAUUAAUUAUUGCCGUAAAUCUUAGAAAUCUUAUUUUGUUGCAGUGAUCUUUUAACUAUAAGUAGAGUUAUAAAAUAAGAGUUUCCCCCUUUUAAAGACAAAUAUUAAUGCUAUUGUGUACAUUUAUUUAACUUAAAUUUAUUUAUAAGUUUUUUGUUGUAAAGUUCCACUAGCUUUUUUAUUACUUUUAUAUUUUUUCCUUUUUUUGUUGAACACUUUUUUACAAAUUCUCACUCAAGCUCUUUCUAAGAACAUUAUAAAACUCUCAGAACUAACAUUCUAGAGUUUAUUUCUUCUAAAGUACUCAACUUGGCCGGGAAUCAACAAUUUAGUUACCUUAGGAAGUUAGGAAUAUGUCUCAAAACCUUACAUUUUUAGGUAUUUCACUGUUUUUGAAGAUUUAAUUUUUUACAAUAUCUUGCUUUCAAGUCCUUUAUUAUUUAAUUUUUUAAAACUAUCUUUAUUUCUUCAGAAGAAAAUUAUUAGCUUAGAAUACUGUUUAAAGAACUUAAUCAGUACAUUUAGCUUUAGUCACUUUUGCUCAGAACUAAAAUUGCUAAAAUUGUUACAUGGCUUUACAAUUUAUGAAGCUGGUAUUAAAACUAUUACUAUUUACAAAAUAAGAUUACUGUUGCCUUUGUUAAUUAUACGACUCUACCAAAACCGUGAUUCAGAUCAGUAUUUUCCUCGCUAAAGUUGUUCCGUUGACGAUCUUCUGUAAGCCCAUGGUACCUAACCUAGCAUUACUUUACUUACUUAGCGUUAUUUUUCUGCCUCUGUAUCGCCCUAGAACAGAUAUCCUUUUAAAUGUUUGCCUUUACGGGUUUUGCCUUGAACUGUGGUUCCAAGUCUGUUCUAUUCCUAACGAGUUACCAAUUACUGGUGCGCCAAUACUCUAUAAAGACACUAGAAUAGCUUGUAUUUGUUUAUUUACUUGUGGUAUGUUUUUCAUAAUUAAAGUGUAUUGUUUUUUUGUUUAAA